UAUCUCUAUGCUAUGUAGGCCUACACACACAGCAUAGCACGUUGGUGGGUGUGAUAACUGCGGGCUGAAGUCUACAGCGGCGCUUGCCUGUCAGUGCCAGUGACGUGGAAAGGCAGAAGUCAAGCAACUCUUCUGAUUUCUCAAGACAAUAGAAGAUUCGAAAUAGGUUUUUAUUGUCGACUUGGCUUCGCGGGCAACCUUUAAAAGUGGUCGUUAUUGCGCCAGCGAACGAAGGACGUGGCUUCACAGGGAGAGGGGAAAAUGCAAAAAAGCUUGUCAGUUUAUGACAGUGAUGGCUCAACAUUUGCCCCUCUGGUGGUCAUCGAGUUGGUUUCCGAAACCAAAGAGGAAGCCAUCGCAUGGUUACUAAACAGGGUCAGAGACAAGCAGCAAGAUGGAGGGGCUGAGCUGCUGGUGGAGCAGCUGACUCCAGGGGCCCAGGGCACGGAGAAGGACAACCCCAAUGUGUAUGUGGUGGGGGCCUCCUGGCAAAGGCUCCUAUACGGAGCUGAGGACGUGGGCCUCUUCAAGGAGUUCAACGACGGCUCCAUGAGAGGCUUCACGUAUGCCAACAAGCACAACUUCAAAGAGUUCCAAGGUGAUGGGGAUGGUUUUCUGAGCAUGGCAGAGUGUCAAUACAUCAUAAAACAUGGACUGGACAACCUGAGGGCCAAGGAUGAGGCCCACGUGCCUGGAUAUCCUAAAAUGAAACUGUAUCCAGGGAAGUCGGUCAUACGCAGAAUGCAAUCAAAGGGGGUCCUUGUCCAAGUUUUCCCUCUGCAUGAGAAGGAGGAACUCAAGAGGCUUUCCUUUUCCUGGUUCAAAAAGAUCAAGUUGUCCUUCCAGCCUCUUGAUGACAUCAGGCACUACUUUGGUGAGGGUAUGGCACUCUACUUUGGUUUCCUGGAGUACUUCACCUUGGCCCUGAUCCCCAUGGCCCUCAUAGGGAUACCAUACUACCUCUUCGACUGGGAGGACUACGACAAGUUUACGGUGUUCGCCGGUUUCAACCUGGUGUGGUGCACAGUGAUCCUGGAGUUGUGGAAGCGCCUCAGCGCUUCGCUGGCGUACGGCUGGGGCACCCUGAGCAGGAAGAAAGCCUUCGAAGAGCCGAGGCCGGGCUUCCACGGCGUCUUGGGCGUCAACCCUGUCACGGGGCGGGCGGAGCCACUCUACUCAAACGCCAAGCGUCAGCUGAGGAUCUACCUGGUGUCUGUUCCCUUUGUGCUGCUGUGCCUCUACCUGUCUCUCUACGUCAUGAUGAUCUACUUUGACAUGGAGGGCUGGGCCUUGAUGAUCCAUGAUGAGGAGCCUACCUUCUGGACGGGACUGCUACUUUUUAUCCCCAGUAUUAUCUACGCUGUAGUUAUAGAGAUCAUGAACCUCAUAUACCGCUAUGCUGCAGAGUUCCUCACUGGCUGGGAAAACCACAGGCUUGAGUCAACAUUUCAAAAUCACCUGGUCCUUAAAGUAUUGGUGUUCAACUUCUUCAACUGUUUUGCCUCCCUAUUCUACAUUGCCUUUGUGAUGCAGGACAUGGUGCUUCUCAGACAGAGUCUGGCCACGCUGCUGAUAACGUCUCAGAUCCUGAACCAGAUCAUGGAGGCCUUCCUGCCCUACUGGCUCCAGAGGAGGAGGAACAAGAAGGCCCAUAAGAGGAUGAUAAAAACCAUGGAAGACAAGGAGCUGCCCCUCUCUGAGCAGGUCAAGCUGGAGGCAGACAUGAGCACCUACCUGGGAACAUUUGAUGACUACCUGGAGCUGUUCCUGCUGUUUGGCUAUGUCAGUCUGUUCUCCUGUGUCUACCCUCUGGCCGCGGUGCUGGUGGUGCUCAACAACGUCACAGAGGUCUACUCGGAUGCCUUCAAGAUGUGCAAGGUGUUCAAAAGACCCUUUUCUGAGCCUGCAGCCAAUAUAGGGGUGUGGCAGCUUGCCUUUGAGGCCAUGAGUGUGAUCGCCGUGGUGACCAACUGUGCCUUGAUUGGCAUGUCCCCCCAAGUCAAGUCCUAUUUCCCGGAGUCAGAGACACAGCUCAUACUGUGGGUGGUGGGCUUCGAGCACUUCCUCUUGGCCUCCAAGUUCAUCCUGACCUUUGUGAUCCCAGACGUCCCCAAACACAUCCAGAUCAAACUGUCACGUCUGGAGUUUGAGUCCCUGGAGGCUCUGAAGAAAAGGAAAAUGCUGGAGGCCUCGGGGAUCCCAAAAACUGCUAAGUGAUGGAGAGAAGAGGCCGAUCGUUCAGAUACUGACAAGACGAAGAUAGGCUAAACUCCAGAUGGAAGAUGCCCUCCAAACGAAGAAAGAUUCACUUCAGAUGGUUCAAAUAGACUGUUUUCUUUACAACACCACAAUUAGCUCAAAGCUUAUUUAUGCAUAAAAUAUCAAAAAGUCGUUUUUUUUAUAUAUAUAAACGGUUUUAUGGUUUUAUGCUCUUAGCCUCUGCCCUGUUGCCAGGUAUUUCUGUUUGGUUUGCGGAGUGUAGUGUAUUACCUGCAGAUGUCUAUAGAACAUUACUGUAUGUGAUUAAAACAAUCAUGAAGACUAGCCUGUCGUCCGUAAACCACUGUUGUAAAUACAUUGCUACGUACCAAUGUAUGUUAAGGCAGGGCUUGACUUUCAGGUCAAUUUGCCAACGGCACACUGGGCCGAAUGAAAGAAAUACUGGCACGUUUCAACAUCUGGCAGGCAAGCGAAUGAUGCGCGCAUAAAUUCAAGAGCUUGUGAUUUUCUUUCAUUUGGGCUGAGCAAGUAGCCUACAGGAUUCAGACAGACAUUGGGAAGUCAAAUUUAAUGAUAGUUUAAAAGUAAUUAAUUGUAAUUUUCAAGGACCUACAUUUUUAUAUUGAAUUGUCAUAGCCUAUAGAAAAAAUCCCCCCAAAACAUGUAAGCAAAAAAGUAUGCAUGACAACUUAGUGAAUAAUGCAUGUUUUAUUAAGCCUUCCAAAUGGCAUUAUGCAAUGACGUAAAAAUAUUUGACAUUCUAAAACAUGUCAGAAUAAAGCGGACAUUGCCUGACUAAAUAGACUGUAUGUAGAUGCUCCCAACACAAACACACUAAUGAAGUCUGUGGCAGCUAGUCAGUCUCACCAUUUGAAAUGUUGAGUUAUUGAGGGGUUAAUGUAUCAUGUUUUAAAACAAAGUGAGCAAAAAUCUGGUUCCCUUUGUAACGGAACGAUUUGUAUUCCACUGGUUUUCCUGCUCAUAACUGCACGUGGUUUUACCGCAAAUAUAGCAACAGACCAGCGCGAAAAACAAAUGAAAGCAGAUCUCUCACAAAAACGGAUCAGAAAUUAAAUCAAGGAAUAAUUAUAUUGCAGUAAAACUUCUAAAUCGGCUACCUUCAAGGACUUUUCUAGGACCAAAUAGCAUCGUAGAAAUGUCUGAUUAUCAAGUUUGGCUAUUCUAUGAUGACAAUUGCGCAAAACAAAUAUUCUACCAAGACGGAACUUUUUAUUCCUGGUUUGCAUACCCAUUCUUGCCUUAGCAUUUAUUGGUAUUUAUCAUAACUUUGAAGAUGUUUCCUACCUCUAUCGGUCUUCAGUGAGCUGCUCCACACAACAAUCUCAAGCUCGGCUUAAUGUGUAGUUUAUGGCGCGGGUUUGAUAAAUAAUCAACAUAACGAACUCACAGCUUCAGGAAUCCUUUAUUACAUAGCCUAGAUUAAAUAUAGCAUUUUUACAAUAUUUGUUUUCACUGGCCCAGGUGGCCACUGACCGGGAUGAUCAACUGGCCCGGAGGGUUUCCAAAACCUCCCCGGGCCAGCGGCCAGCCCUGAACGUCAGGCCCUGGUUAAGGCGUUGAAUAAUAGGUCAUUGUAGGUGUAUGGAUGCGGUUGAGGGUAUGCUGUGUUACAUAGACUUUUCAUGUUCAUAUGGCCAUUAUGGAAUUGGUGGAGGCGGUUCAGUUUGAGAUAGAUGGCCUAUGGUAAUUAUAUCCAGACAGUAUUCCACCAACAGAUGACAUGAAUUACUUUUCAAAAAUAGGUUUUCACAUUAGACAGAGUUUUAGACCAACAGCUUUGCUUAAAAGCCACUAUAGUCAGUUAGGGGCAGGACUACAUCCAGUAUCAGUAGGUCUGUCAGAGACGUUAAGUAGAACUACUUUCAAAAUGGACGACUAAACACGUGAAAGUCUUAGGAAUUCUGGCAUAAUGAUGUGCUCUAUAGCAUUGAGGUCCUUGAAACGUUUACAUAGUAUUGCCAGAGUAUAAUAUAUGCCAUUAAGCAGACACUUUUAUCCAAAUAGACUUAGUCAUGCAUACAUUUUACUUAUGUGUGGCCCCAGCAGGAGUCAAACCCACGAUCCUUGGCAUAGCAAGCGCCAUGCUCUACCCCCUGAGCCACACAGAGCCACACAUCCAGGGUAUUAUCUGAUCCAUAGUGAUACUACACAUGGAGAUAGGAAAGAUCUAAUUAUCUAUGGUGAUGCUUCAGUAUGCUACAGAGAAAUUGUAAAGACUGGAAUGGAAUUAAUGGAACAUAUUGAACACAUGGAAACCAUGUCUGAUUCCAUCCAUUUCAAUGAGCCCGUCCUCCUAUAGCUCCUCCCACCAGCCUCUGUAUCAUACUGAUGCAUGGUAUGUUACGUAAUGUUAAAUACUCCUCACAGCCUGCAACUAUCAUGGUCAUUGUUACUCAGUCUAAUCAAUGACUGUCAAUCAGAAGUAGUGAUACUUGGAAUGUAUGUGAGUGGAAAUUCAUUGAUUUCUUUUUAUGUUGUUUAUGCUAUUAGUCCAUGCACUCUUGAAGACCCCCUCAGAGCGGGCUUGUGCCUUUGAUAUGACAUGCGAUGCUGUCAAGAUUUGUUUUAUAUGCUAUACAUACACUACAGUUUGCCAUCACAAUAUCAGAAAGUGUAUAAAAAUGGUUCAGAACAGCCUUAUUGAAACCAAACAAACCUAGCAUCCCUUUCCUCAAAUAAAUCUAUACAAAAAUCUUU